UGUGCUGGAGGGGCUCUUUCUGAGGCCCCAUCCCCUUCCAGCAGGAAUUCUGAAAUCCCCAACACUUCCUCCCUUCGGGGGAUUUGAUCCCCCAUGGCCAACGCUAACAGCAUCAUUGUGCUGGAUGAUGAUGACGAAGAUGAAGCAGCUGCUCAGCCAGGGCCCUCCCACCUACCCCCCAAUCCGGCCUCACCUGGGGCAGAAGCCCCUGGCUCCUCUGAGCCCCAUGGGGCUGGAGGAAGCAGUAGUUCGGGCGGCAAGAAAUGCUACAAGUUGGAGAAUGAGAAGCUGUUUGAAGAGUUCCUUGAACUGUGUAAGAUGCAGACGGCAGACCACCCUGAGGUGGUCCCAUUCCUCUAUAACCGGCAGCAGCGUGCCCACUCUCUGUUUUUGGCCUCGGCGGAGUUCUGCAAUAUCCUCUCCCGGGUCCUAUCUCGGGCCCGGAGCCGGCCAGCUAAGAUCUAUGUGUACAUCAAUGAGCUCUGCACUGUUCUCAAGGCCCACUCAGCCAAAAAGAAGCUGAACCUGGCCCCUGCUGCCACCACCUCCAGUGAUCCCUCUGGGAAUAACCCUCCCACAGACCCCUCCUCAGACCCCACAAAUGCUGAAACCACUGCCUCUGAGGCCCCAAGGACCCGUGGUUCCCGGCGACAGAUCCAGCACUUGGAACAGCUGCUGGCACUCUAUGUGGCAGAGAUCCGGAGGCUGCAGGAAAAGGAGUUGGAUCUCUCAGAAUUGGAUGACCCAGACUCCACAUACCUGCAGGAGGCACGGUUGAAGCGUAAGCUGAUCCGCCUCUUUGGGCGACUUUGUGAGCUGAAAGACUGCUCUUCACUGACUGGCCGUGUCAUAGAGCAGCGCAUCACCUACCGUGGCACCCGCUACCCAGAGGUUAACAGGCGCAUUGAGCGGCUCAUCAACAAGCCAGGGCCUGACACCUUCCCUGACUAUGGAGAUGUGCUGCGGGCAGUAGAGAAGGCAGCUGCUCGUCACAGCCUCGGCCUCCCUCGACAGCAGCUCCAGCUCAUGGCUCAGGAUGCCUUCCGAGAUGUGGGCAUCAGGUUACAGGAGCGACGCCACCUUGAUCUCAUCUACAACUUUGGCUGCCAUCUUACAGAUGACUAUAGGCCAGGUAGGGGGUUAGCGGGAUACCCAUCACUGACCCUUCUAUGUUGGGUGUGUGGUGAAGGGGACAGCUCUCUAGUGCCUUCUAGGAUUUGGGUUGAGCGCUCUGGCUUUAUAUCUUCCCGCAUAGGCAUUGACCCUGCACUAUCAGAUCCUGUGUUGGCCCGGCGCCUUCGGGAAAACCGAAGUUUGGCCAUGAGCAGGCUGGAUGAGGUCAUCUCCAAAUAUGCAAUGUUGCAAGACAAAAGUGAGGAUAGUGAGAGAAAGAAGAGAAGAGCCCGGCUCCCUGGCAUCUCUUCCCACUCUGCAGAGCCCCCCAAAGCCUCCUUGGAUUCCGGUGAGGGCCCUAGUGGAAUGGCUUCCCAGGAGUGCCCUACCACGUCCAAGGCUGAGACAGAUGAUGAAGAUGAGGAAAGUGAUGAGGAAGAGGAGGAGGAGGAAGAAGAGGAGGAGGCUACAGAUUCUGAAGAAGAGGAUCUGGAACAGAUGCAGGAAGGUCAGGGGGACGAUGAAGAGGAGGAGGAAGCAGCAGAUAAAGGUGGAAACGAGAGCCCCAUUUCCCCGCAACAGAUCUCCACUGAGAAGAACCUGGAACCUGGCAAAGGGAUCAGCAGGUCUUCAGGGGAGCAGCAAAGCAAAAGACUCAUAGGGUCACCGUCAUUCCUGUUGGAAGAGUCUCUAGCUCCCUCCAGCGUAGAUGCUGAAAGCAAUAGAGAACAGCCUGAGGAGUUGCCCCUGGAGGAAGAGAGUCCUUUGUCUCAGCUCUUUGAGCUAGAGAUUGAAGCCUUGCCACUGGAUACCCCUUCCUCUGAGGAGACAGACGUUUCCUCUUCCAGGAAGCAGUUAGAGGACCCCUUCACCACUGUCUUGGAGAAUGGGGCAGGCAUGGUCACUUCUACUUCCUUCAAUGGAGGUGUCUCUCCUCAUACUUGGGGAGAUUCCAGUCCCCCCUGCAAGAAAUCUCGGAAGGAGAAGAAGCAGAUAGGAUCAGGGUCACUACAAAACAGCUAUGUGGAAAGGCAAAGGGCAGUGCAUGAGAAGAAUGGGGAGAAGAUAUGUACCCUGCUCAGCCCACCUUCCCCCUUGGCUUCCAUGGCCCCGGUUGCUGACUCUUCCACAAGGGUGGACUCUCCCAGCCAUGGCCUGGUCACCAGCUCCCUCUGCAGCCCUUCUCCAGCCCGGUUAUCCCAAACCCCCCAGUCACAGCCUCCCCGGCCCAGUACUUACAAGAUGAGUGUGGCCACACAGUGCGAUCCAGAGGAGAUCAUUGUGCUCUCAGACUCGGAUUAGCUGCCUCUCUUUCCUUGCCUCCAGUAUGUUUUGGGAUAGCAUUUGGAGGAUGGUGGGAAGCAGUUGACUGAGGAAGAAUGGACUGAGCUAAUCCCUUUUGGGUGGUGUUUCUUUUAAAAAAAAAACAAAAACAAAAGCUUAUAAGUUUUACACAGAAACAUUAAUAAAACAAUUAAGUUCUUUUCUUUCUGUA